AUGACAGACGAGAUCACACUCAUUACCCAGCUAAGGAAAUUUUUACAACAAAAGAGGUAUGUUGUGGUUUUUGAUGACGUUUGGAAAACAGAGUUUUGGGAAAUUGUGAAACAUGCUUUGCCAUUCAAUGAUAGAGGCAGCAGGAUUAUCAUCACAACACGAAGUGAUCUCAUUGCUUCUUUUUGUAAGGAAUCUUUUUCUGAUCAUGUCCACAAGCUACAACCUUUAUCUCAAGACAAGGCGUGGGAAUUGUUCUGCAAAAAGGCAUUCUGGAGCGAGUUUCAGGGGUGUUGUCCGAAAGAAUUGGUGAAAAUGUCGAUGGACAUUGUGAGAAAAUGUGAAGGCCUGCCACUUGCAAUUGUUGCCAUAGGUGGUCUUCUAUCAACAAAGGAGAAGGUGCCAUUAGAAUGGAAAAAGUUACAUGAUAGCCUCAAUUCUGAGCUAGAAUGCAAUCCUCACCUUACAAGUAUAACAAAAAUCCUCUCACUCAGCUAUCAUGAUCUGCCCUGCUACCUAAAGUCUUGUUUCUUGUACUUUGGCAAUCUACCGGAGGAUUACUCAAUCACUGGUCCAAGAUUACUUCGACUAUGGGUAGCUGAGGGGUUUAUAAGAGAAAAGAAAGGCAAACCAUUAGAUGACGUGGCGCAAGAAUACUUGAAGGAGCUCAUCCAUAGAAACUUGGUGCAAGGUUUAUUUAGUGAGCUUGAUUAUGAGAUUCUCAGAAAGUACAGAAUCCAUGAUUUGUUGCGUGAAAUUAUCCUGUCAAAGGCUGGAGAGUUGAAUUUAUCUCAAGUUCUAGAAGUCGGAGAUGCAACUUUUGAUGGAAGAAGUCGAUGCCUAUCAAUCCAUGAUGCUAGAGAAAAUGUUCUGGACACAAGUGAGUACUCUCGAGUUCGUUCUGUUUUUUUCUUCAACACUAAUGAAAUGCCUAGGUCUUUCACUGUUAAAUUGUUCAAAAGGUUUAGUCUUUUGAAAGUGUUGGAUUUUGAAGAUGGUCGUAUUGAUUAUCUUCCUGAUGAAGUGGGUGAUUUAUUCCACUUGAAGAACUUAAGUUUGAGAAGAACAAAAGUGAGUAUACUUCCAAAGUCAGUGGGUAGGCUACAUAAUCUACAAACACUAAAUGUUGUGGAAAGUGGAGUUCGUGAGCUACCAAUUGAGAUAUUCAAGCUUUAUAAGCUAAGGCAUAUUUUGGCUCAUUCUCAUGACUUUGAAAUUAAAAGUAGCUUUUAUUCUGUGAGAGGAGUAAAAGUACAUGAAGGGGUUGGAUGUUUAAACGAAUUGCAGACACUAGCAAGUAUUGAGGCAAAUCAUCAUGGGGUUGGUGUAUUUGAAGACCUUGGAAAGUUGAUUAAGUUAAGGAUGUUGGGCAUUUCAAACAUGACUGCAGAACGUGGGAGGGCUUUGUGUGACUCCAUACAAAAUAUGGUCCACCUUAACAUUUUGCUUGUAGGCUCAAUCAGUGAAGAUGAGAUCAUAGACUUACAAUCAAUUUCAACACCACCUCCAUUUCUAGCGCAUAUCUAUCUAAGGGGGAGAUUGGAGAGGGUGCCCAACUGGAUUUCAGAGCUUCAGAAUCUUGUCACACUAGUGUUAUUUUUCUCAUCAUUAGAGGAGGAUCCACUGUCGAGUGUCCAGGCUUUGCCUAAUCUAAUCACCCUUUCUCUUAAUCAUGCUUAUGAUGGGGAGCAACUGCAUUUUGAGGAAGGUGGUUUUAAAAAACUCAAGAAGCUCACACUCAGAGAGUUGAAAGGAUUAAAGGUGGUGGAUAUAGACAAUGGCUCACUGCCUGUUCUUGAGGAGCUAGCUAUUGGGCCAUGCCCGCAGAUGGAGGAGGUGCCCUCUGGAUUCCUACAGCUGAAAAGUCUAAAGAUUCUCGACUUCUAUGAAAUGCAUAGAGAAUUUGUGCUACGUAUGCAGCCAGAUGGAGGCGAAGAUUAUUGGAAAGUUAAGAAGGUAACUACUAUCCGUCUCAGGUAUAGGAUUAAAGGAGAAAAAUAUCAAAUAUACAAGCUUAAUGACUCAGACUUGUCGGAGCGUCUACAAGGGUGAGUGUUGGAGGAUCAAACUGCCUUGCGGUUCCGUGAAAGACAAGGAAUCAUACAACAACAGGGGAAGUAAGAAGUAGUCAUGCAGUUGAAGGACUCUUGGAAUAAGAGGAUAUCUCCUCAGUAGAUUUCUUGAAUA